AUGUUGCAGACAGCGAUAUACGGAACGGUUGCAUGCCUCCUACAGGCUGUGGUCGCACAGAGAAACAAUGGUGGGGCAGCGCUUAGCGCGACAGCCGGCACGGCGCCCUCGAUUGCGACCUCCAGUCCUUCGACCAACAAGGUGCCGCCUAUUGAGAUCCAUGGAAACAAGUUCUUCUAUUCAAACAACGGCUCCCAGUUUUACAUGAAGGGGAUUGCAUACCAGGCGGAGACGUCUGACGCUUCUGCGAGUGCCACGAUCAACGACCCGCUAGCGGAUUAUGAGAGCUGUUCCCGGGAUUUGCCGUACUUGUUGGAGCUAAACACCAACACGCUUCGGGUAUAUGCAGUGAACAGUAGCUUGGACCAUUCAAGAUGCAUGGAACUUUUUGAAAGCAACGGGAUUUAUAUUGUUGCGGAUUUAUCGGAACCAGCACUAUCGAUCAACAGAAACAACCCUGAAUGGUCUUUGAAGCUUUUCGAAAGAUAUGCAGGUGUGGUUGACGAAAUGCAGAAAUACAGCAAUGUGUUGGGGUUCUUUGCAGGAAAUGAAGUAACUAACGAGAUAAAUAAUACGGCAGCUUCCGCUUUUGUGAAAGCUGCUAUUCGUGACACUAAGGCAUACAUUAAGGAAAAGGGCUAUAGGGAAAUUCCAGUGGGGUACUCAACCAAUGAUGACAGUAACUUUAGACAAGAGAUUGCGGAUUACUUUGCGUGCGGGUCUCAAGAGGAGAAGGCGGACUUCUAUGGGUUCAACGUCUAUUCAUGGUGCGGAGAUUCUACCUUUGAAAAAUCAGGCUACUCAGACAGAACGAAGGAGUUUUCCAACUUGGGUAUCCCAGUGUUCUUCUCCGAAUAUGGCUGUAACGAAGUCAGGCCUCGGAAGUUUGGCGAAGUUUCUGCUCUAUACGGUAGCGAUAUGACAGAUGUCUGGUCAGGAGGUAUUGUAUACAUGUAUUUUGAAGAAACCAAUCAAUACGGCUUGGUAACCGUCGACAGCAGUGGCCGCGUUUCUACCAACGAUGACUAUAACAACUUGAAGACAGCAUUGGCCACAAUUUCGCCAUCAUCUGCAAACAAAGAUUCAUACACCGCAAGUUCUGGCUCUGUCGCAUGUCCUACAACUGGCUCAAACUGGCAAGCAGCAACUAGCUUACCACCAUCACCACAAAAGGAUGUUUGUGAUUGUAUAAAGAGUGCAUUAAGAUGUGUCAUUUCUCCAGAUGUCGACCAGAAGGAUUACUCGGAAUUAUUUGGCUAUCUAUGCUCCGAAGCGGACGUUGAUUGUUCAGACAUUUCUGCCGAUGGAACUACAGGAAACUAUGGAGCAUUUUCCUUCUGCGACGACGAGACCAAGCUAUCAUACCUAUUGAACAAGUAUUACCAAGAAAAGGGCAGGUCCUCCUCCUCUGCAUGUGACUUCAGCGGCUCUGCAACGCUAGUCUCCGCCACAGGCACAGCAUCUACAUGUGUUCCUACAUCUACCGGGAUAAACUUGGGCUCAUCUUCAUCCAACAGCGGCAGUGGCAGAGGUGACAGCACUACCGCCACCUCUUCAGCAGCCGCAGCCGCAGAUGCUAUUCAACCGAACACCUUCUCAAUGGCUUUAUUCAUCCCUACCGCUUUAGUAUUUAUGCUUACCGGUUUUGGCAUAGCUAUGUCUUGA